UAUCGGAGGUCUGCUGCAUAUUGUAUUACAGGAAAGCAAAAGGAAUAAAAGGACCUGCCCAGAAUUACUUAACUGUCUCCGGGCAACCAGAACCUGAGGCAACCCUCCCCCGAGCAAAGCUCUUCCAAUGGGCCCCACCAUUCAAAGAAGGGGAGUGGAAGCGCAGACAGCAGAGUGCUUCCCAUUUCGUAAGCAGUUCACUGUGCAGAGUAGGCGGACAGGUUCUUUCUUUGUCCUUGACGUAUUGCCCAUGGACACAAUGACGACAUCGCAGCUUGAUGUGGAGGCCAUGAAGAGGCCAGGACAUGAUAGUCUGGAAGGUGCCCAAGAUGACCAUCUCAGGAGCUUAAAGGCACUGACCGAGAAGCUGAGGCUUGAAACACGGAGACCCUCUUACUUGGAGUGGAAGGCCCAGUUAGAGGCUCAAGAGGCCAAGGGCUGUGAGGCCAGGAAGCAGGUCCAGCCCCUGUUGGAGGAGAUGGUGGAUGCUACAGAGUGGUCCAGACAAGCAGUUUUGAGUGCCAGUUUGGUCCAGGAUAGUGGUUUGCCCUCAGGGACUCUGAAAGGCUUCGAAAAUAUUGAUGAUGCCCUCAUUUGGCUCCGGAAGGAACUGGCAGAGAUGCGCGUGCAGGACCAGCACCUGGCUCGGCAGCUGAUGCGGCUGCGCAGCGAUAUCAACAAGUUGAAGGUCGAGCAGACGUGCCAUCUGCACCGCCGGAUGCUCAAUGAUGCCACCUUCGAGCUGGAGGAGCGCGAGGAGCUAUCCGACCUCUUGUGCGAUUUGCCCAUCACCCCAGGCCUCGGCCUGUCUGCUCCGUUGAGGCUCAUUGGCGUCACCAAGAUGAACAUCAACUCGCGUCGCUUCUCCCUCUGCUAGUAGGGAACCACAACUUCCCAUAUCGUUGUCAGAAGAAACACGCUGUGGCAGCUGUGCUCUGUUCUAAGCUCCUUGUUGAGAAUAUUGACUCCGACUCACUGCGGGGCCUUCUUUUUUUUCCUUGUGCGUGAUGAGCCACACAGUUGCUGGUCUUCAUAGGAAGGGUAGCUAUCAGGGCAUCCAAAUGCCAUCUUAUGGGAAGAUCCUUAGAAAAGCUAGUUCAGUUGUGCACUUGGCUUUGCCUUAAUCUUCUGUGAGUGUGAAAACGGAAUUGUAAAUGAAACACUAAGAGUUGUGUGCAGUUAAGAGGGUUUCGGGGUCUUGUCAGAAUUUUAGCUUCCAGUAUAUGUUCAUUGUUGAUACUUGUUUUAA